CAGCGGCUAGAGCUUUAAAAGCUCACAUCGUGAUGACGUCGAUUUCUAACGUCAUCAUUGAAAUAAAGGGUGUUUGUGAUAGUGUGAGUGUGGUUUCAGGCGAGCCGCAGCGCAGGCCUGCCGCUAUCGAUCCUGCGCGGCGACAUGCGCACGCCGCCUCGCUAGCAGCUCGCCAGGGCGUCCACACUUCUGCCCUAGUCAUGCGCGAGUUUCCUCCGGCAUCGCAUCGACCGACGUUAGAGUGGGAUUAAACGCGCGAGUGCCGCGGUCGCGCUCGGCGGCCUCGACAGACCUACGGGGAAGAUCCUCCGCCGCAGCCGCCGCCGGCUCUGGGUCGUUCCUCCAUGUGUGACAGGAUCGCGUCCAAAAAAUCGAUCGGAGACGGUGGCCGCAGGCUUGCGAUGAACUCCAGCUAAUCGUGAGGUCCAGGUGGAGGAGGGGCGACCUUGCGACCCACUUACCGAUCGCUGUUGAACGGUCAACCACCAUUGACACCACCGCCAGGAACAAUGUCGUCGAUUAGACUGCUAUCGGUCGUAGUCAAAUGACAAUAACUAGAAUAAAGCAGUGUCGGGAGCGCUCAUGAGACAGUCGUGCCAUCGUCUGCUCGAGCACCAACAGGCCGGCGGGGACGAACCCCCGCUUUACUCACCCGUAGAUCAAAUUUCAGCGGUACCUGAUCAUGUGGGCCGGGAGGCCGGCGGCAAGCUGACACGAUAUGCGCCGGCGGAGGAGGACGAGGCGACUCUCAGGGAACUUCUGCUUAGCCUCCAAAGACAGGUGGGCGUGAUGAGUAUGAAUCUAUCCGCCAAGUUGGACGAUCUGCAGCGGGGCGACCGGCAACUAGAAACGACGGUCGCGCUCUGCGAGAUCCGCUCUCAACUACAAGAACUUACCAAGAGCGUCGAGUCAUGCCAAAGUGAAGUCUCCGAGGUCAAACGUGAUAUGGUCGCCAUCAAACAGGAGUUGGAUACAGUGCAGCAGGUGAAGGAGGAGAUUGAAGAACUGCGGGAAUACGUGGACAGACUUGAAGAGCACUCGCAGAGGCGAAAGCUUAGGUUGCUUGAGCAGGGGCUUACAUUCUUCCUGUCCUACGCCAUUUUGGCCGCUGUACUCGGAAUGCUGCAAUUUGGUUACAACACUGGUGUCAUCAACGCUCCUGGCAGAAACAUCGAGAACUUCAUGAAAGACGUGUACAAAGAUCGUUACGGGAUAGAUAUCCAUGAAGACACCGUGAAUCAACUAUAUUCGAUAGCAGUGAGCAUUUUUGCAAUUGGAGGUAUGCUUGGUGGCUUCUCCGGUGGAAUGAUCGCGAACCGAUUUGGCAGGAAGGGAGGUCUAUUGCUCAACAACAUCCUUGGAAUUAGCGGCGCGAGUCUGAUGGGCUUCACCAAAAUAUCACACUGCUACGAGAUGCUCUUCUUCGGUAGAUUCAUCAUCGGUGUCAAUUGCGGUCUAAACACUUCGCUUGUACCAAUGUACAUAUCGGAGAUCGCGCCGCUGAACCUGCGCGGAGGCCUGGGCACUGUGAACCAACUCGCUGUCACGGUCGGAUUGCUGCUCUCCCAGGUUCUUGGCAUCGAACAAAUCUUUGGCACUGAUGAAGGAUGGCCCAUAUUGCUUGGUUUAGCCAUAUGCCCCGCAAUUCUGCAGCUGUUACUCCUGCCAGCAUGUCCCGAGUCGCCCCGUUAUUUGCUGAUCACUCGUCAGUGGGAAGAAGAAGCUCGACGAGCCUUACGGCGGUUACGGGCCAGCAACCAGGUCGAGGAAGAUAUAGAAGAGAUGCGCGCAGAAGAACGUGCUCAGCAAGCCGAGGCAUCAAUUUCCAUGUGGGAACUCCUUUGCUCACCGACACUACGAGCGCCGCUGCUUAUCGGGGUCGUUAUGCAACUCUCACAACAACUGAGCGGAAUCAACGCGGUUUUCUACUAUUCAACAUCUCUCUUCACCUCGUCUGGAUUGACGGAUGAAUCUGCAAAGUUCGCUACUAUGGGUAUUGGCGCGAUUAUGGUGGGCAUGACUCUAGUGUCGCUGCCUCUCAUGGACCGCACCGGACGUCGCACUCUACAUCUCUAUGGCCUCGGUGGAAUGUUUAUCUUCUCAAUUUUCAUCACGAUCUCUUUUCUGAUAAAGGAGUUCUUCGGCUAUGUGCAGGAAAUGAUCGACUGGAUGAGUUACUUGUCGGUGGUGUCAACGCUGAGCUUCGUGGUGUUCUUCGCGGUGGGGCCUGGCUCCAUCCCCUGGCUGAUCACCGCGGAACUGUUCUCGCAGGGGCCACGCCCGAGUGCUAUGGCUAUUGCCGUGCUGGUGAACUGGAUGGCCAACUUUGUUGUCGGAAUCUGCUUUCCUAGUAUGAAGGCUCUGUUGGACAACUAUACAUUCCUGCCUUUUAGCGUAUUCCUUGCAAUUUUUUGGAUAUUUACGUAUAAAAAAGUUCCUGAAACAAAAAAUAAGACCUUUGAAGAGAUUUUGGCACUGUUCCGCAACUCGAAUGGGAGGGACAGUUUCCGGGACAGCCGGCUGUAUGGAAGCAUGAUGAAUUGCGUGAACGCCUUGGAACAGCAGCUACCACCGCCCCCGCCGCCGGCCCCCGUCGACGAGAAACAUGAUUCACUGUCGGAGCAGUCGUCGGGCGCGGGCGAGGGCCGGCCGCCGCCGCCGCUGCCGCCGCCGCGCUUCCCGCUCAGCGGCACCGUCUGACAAUGGGAGCCCGCUGCGCGUGCGCCACUAGUCGCGCCACUCAAGGCCGCCGCCAACUUCUUGUUUCAUGGACUCAAGCGUCAAGCCGCGGGCCGCGCCUCUAUCACUACCACACAACAAAUGUUCUAAAUUGAUGUGAUUAGGUUAUUAAAACGAAAUAGUCUGUAAGUCACGGCGUAAAUUAACAUAGUUCUUUAGUCAUUUUAUGACGUAAUUUAUGAAAUGCAUACAUAGGUACCGUAUUAAGUGCCACCAGUUUCUUGUACCCAUUUUAAUUAAAUCUUGUCGAACAGACUUUACACCAAAGCCGCCGUCCUGCGGGCCUCAGCUGGCACCCUUGAGCAAAGGCUGGUAUACAUAUAACUUAAAUAAAGAGACACCCCUAGAAACCGACGAUUGGUCAUCAUCACAAAUCUGUAUUUGCUAUAUACGAGUAUGCUGUAUUUCCGCAGAGGGUCGAUAACAGAGCGCCGACUUUGGUUUGAAGGCCUCUUGAAAAUUUACUAAAAAUAUUCGAACAAAUUGAAGAUUUGAUGAGAGUUUCAAUAGGGCUCAACAAUUGAAAGUCUUUGGAAAACUACAUUACAUGUUCUAGCUUCAGAUAACUACCUAUAUACCUAUUAAUUUAAGAGAUAAUUACCUAUGAGACUUUGAUGUUAAUUCAAUGCCUAAUGUAAAAGUAAAAUAGUAGAUUCGCGAUGAACGAGAGAGAUCAUGAGUUCUUGUUCUGAGCAAAGCGAACAUCGGCAGCGAUACUGCAAAUACUUACCUACCUAUGAUUUAUACCUAGGUAAGGGUCUAUGGUCAUUUGUCAUAUAAAACUAUAUAUAGGUAUAAAAUUAGAAUAUAGGUAAUCUAAAAUGGGUACGACAAGAGUACAUUAUGCUUACGACAAUGAUAAUUGUCACUGAAACGUACAAAAUACGAUGAAUGUACAUUGUACAUACAUAAUGUGACUGUAUUGAAUUGUUGAUUUUUAUACAUAAUUAUAUUAUUUUACGAAUGUUUUUAUUCUCCUUUUACUCACAACUCUUAUUAUUGUUAUAUUUACUUAUAUAAUGGUAAAUUAAAGUCAUAUCUAAAAUGACCGAGAUACAUUAUUAUUAGAAUUAAUUAAUAAUAGUAAAAUAAUAAAUUAUUAUACGUACAUAAAUAAAUCUUACCAUUGGACAACAGUUUCAUUGCAGUUGCGGGAAUUGAUUAUAUACAUUACAUAUGAAAUAUACCUACCCAAUUUAUUAUUUAGAACAGGGUUCCUCAAAACCACGUAUCUACCCCAAUAAUAAUUUCCAUGAGGGGCAUACAUAGUCGUACAUACCUACUCUUUACUUUGCUACGUUUCAGAAUGCAAUUAUUAUAAAAGCUAGCUGUACAUUACUUAUAUAUUUACAUACUAUUAAAUCGUCAGGAAAAGUUGUUUUAAUUCAGUAUUUAUUUUUUUGUUAUGAAGGUAUGUCUUACGAAACUAACUUAAAUCAAUGCACGUAACCAGCCCACUUUGAGUAACCCUGAUUUAGAACAAAAAUAUUUUUUUAGAAAACACCACUCACAAUAAUGAUUACAAUUUACAAGAUAGUAAAUAGUUCUUUUCGUUUUACACUUAGUAUAGUUAAUUUAUAGUGCUAAGUGAUAAUAAUGAAAAUUCAUCAUUUAAAUUGGAAGCAUAGAUAUAUGAUAAGUUAUACAAUUUGUGAUGACUUUUAAGAAUGUAAAGCUUUUAAACUUAUACGCUCUAGAAGAUGAACAAACGUUUCAUUAUUUAUUAAUUAGGGUUUCAGUAGUUACUACAGGGUUGUAGUGAAUCUGUCCUCCCGUGCGUCUGUUAACUGCUCAAUUCAAUAUUAAGACUAAAAGGUCCCGUAGCCUAUCGUCAUUGGAGGAGGUAGCACGGCCUAAUAAAUGUGUGACUAGAGCAUCUCAGUGCCGACUGGUGGUUUUAAUGCUCUUCAUUGCCUGACUUUCAUUGCGAAAUUUAAUUUCGUAAUAUCUUAAUGUAUUGCAUACAUUAAGUAUAACUUCGCGAUAUAAAUUAAGUAGUAUUAAUAUUAUUUAUAUUAUUUACUGAAUAUACCUAAUGUUUUAGAGUCAAAAUCACACCUAAGUUACAAAAUACUUAAUAUACUCAAAUCAACUAAACUAAACGUCGACUCUAAAAGUGGAUAUAUACAUGUAUAUGUCAUAUGUAAUGUAUGGAUAUAUACACGUUAAUGAAAUUAAGUUGGUAAAUAUACCUAAUAAACUUACCCAGUUCUUUUCAUUCACGUAAGUUCAUAAUGCACAAAUGCAUAUUUAUGAUAGGCAUAAGUUUCUAAAUGCAUUUUUUUCAAAUACAAAGGCAGCAGAAAGUCCCAUCGGUGGCUAUGUUAGUGUGUGUCUAGUUAUCUACUGUACUACACAUGUAGGCACAAUAUCAUAACACUCAAUACUCUACACUCGAUACUCACAAAUAUAAUAAACUGACGCACAAUUUUAAAUGGACUAGUUAACUAAAACUUGAUAAUUCAUGUUAAAGCUCCUAAUAACAGUACUCAUUCAAAUCGAAAUAUGUAAAAUAUCUUACUACCUACUUACUAAUUAUUUUGGUAUUAAAUAUUAUAUUGCGCAGGAUAUGCCUACGGUACCGAGAGGCCGCUGAAGUAUGUCCCUUACAGCUUUUAUGUCACUAUCGAAAAGCCGAGAUGGACUAUUCGACAUUGUCAUAUUUUUAGGAGCUUUAACAAAUAGUCAGUUAUCAUUGAUAAAUUAUCAAGUGUUUGAAGAUAUCAACUAACUAGCAUAAUACUUAAAUGAUUUAGUAUUAAAGUUUUCGCACAAAUAAAUUUUUCUUAUUUUAUUUAAUUACAUUAAUUAAAAAUCAAAAUAAUACAUUAAAUAAUUUAACAUAAACACUACAUACGCUACGGCUUGAAUGAUACAGAACACACACAUACAUGAGUGAUUAAUGUAUGAAAUUUAUUUUUAACUUUAAUUUAAACAUUUACUAAAUAUGCAGAGACCUAAUCUAAAUAAUUAUGUUUGAUUAUUUUUUAUAGAAUACGAAAACACUCGAUUUAAGUACAUCAGCAAAGGUAUAAAAAUUUAAGUAGGUACAACUAAAUAUAUAAAUACUUUUUUACUCUAAUUAAUUUUCUUAAGUGAACAACAGCCUAGAGGAAAACCUAUCUCCGUCGGUAGCAAUUAGGUACCUAACUAUGUUUGCUUGUCAACUUUAAAUAUCUACGUUAACAAGAUAGUCAUAGGCGUAUAUAGCUAGCGGGUGUGCCGAGUGGGUCGUGCCCACCCUAGAAUUCUGGGCUACCGACAUGGAAUUCUAUUAUGAUACUAAAAACUUGAUGUCGGGGGCUAGGCCCACCCUACAAAAUAAUCCUAGAUACGCUACUGAAGAUAGUGUUUACCUGAAACAUUCGAUACCGAUGCUACGGAACCAUCAGUCGCGUGUCGAUGCUGGAUGCACGGUUGGACAGAUUAGUUAUUUGUUGGGACAAAUUCCCGUUCGCUAGCGAAAAAGACCCUAAACAUUCUAAAGCACUAUCCACAAUAUAUGCCACGAUAAUAUCUGAAAUGCCUUUAAGUUUGAAUAUACGGAGAUUUCUCCAUACUUGUACAAAACGAACUUGUAAAAUUUUAUUGGAACUAAUACUUGUUAUAAAAACGUAAAAAAAUACACAAAUGUGUUUAAUUUCU